CCGGAGCGGCGAGGCGGCGGCCCGGAGCGGAGCGGGGAGCAGCCGCCCGGAGUGGGGAUGGCAGCUGUGGAGAAUAUGCCUCUCCAAGCCAGCAGCCUUCCAGAGCAGGAGGAGGAGGAAGACACCAUCUGGGAGAAGAUCGAGAGUGCCCGACACCAGCUGACCCGCUCCCUGAACCCAGCCAAGCUCACCCCAUACCUGCGCCAGUGCCGUGUCAUCGAUGAGCAGGAUGAGGAGGAGGURCUGAACUCCUGCAGAUUCCCUUGCAAGAGCAACCAGACAGGUUACCUGAUGGAUAUMCUUCGGCGCCGUGGGAAGCGAGGCUACGAAGCCUUCCUGGAAUCCUUGGAGUUUUACUACCCAGAGCACUACACACGGCUCACGGGGAGGGAGCCAGCCCAGCGCUGCUCUAUGAUCCUGGAUGAGGAAGGCCCUGAGGGACUAACUCAGUUCCUGAUGAUGGAGGUGAAGAAGGUGAGGGCUCAACGGAAAGAGCACCUGCAGAAGGAGCACCAGCUCCUGGUGAAAAACCAGAUGUUGGAGCAAGAGCAGGCCCGGCUGGAGCAGCAGCUGAAGGAGCUCCUGAAGGUGCAGGAGCGUUGCCAGCGGCUGAGAGAGGAGUGGGACUCCAACAGCGUGGAGCUGCUGAGGCUGAAGGACGAGAACUACUUGAUGGCCAUGCGCUAUGCGCAACUCUGCGAGGAGAAGAAUGUGGCUGUGCUGCGGAGCAGGGACCUGCAGYUGCUGGUGGACCAGCUGAAAUGCAAAGUCUCCAGCCUGGAGGAGGAGUGCAGCCUGCUGCGGAGGCAGGCGUCCGCACUGCCCCAGCGAGAGGCGGAGGAGCGGGGCCACCCCGACGCCGUGUCCGAGCUGAGAGCUGAGAACCAGCGGCUCACGGCAUCGCUGCAGGAGCUGCAGGGCAUGUUGCAGACACCUGGUGAGGGCCCAGUGCCAGGCUCUGAGCAGAUCCUCCUGGAUAUCCUGGAGCAUGACUGGAAGGAAGCCCAAGACGACCGGCAGGAUCUCUGUCAGAAACUCAACUCCCUGCAGAACGAGCUGCAGUGGGCCGAAGAGCUGAGGGACAAGUACCUGCAGGAGAUGGAAGAUCUGCAGCUGAAAUACCGGACGCUCCAGAAGGACUGUGAUCUCUACAAGCAUCGUAUGAACACGGUGCUGCUGCAGCUGGAGGAGAUCGAGAAAGAGCGGGACCAGGCCAUCCAGAGCCGUGAGGGGGUGCAGCUGCAAUACUCCCAGAGCCUGAUUGAGAAGGACCAGUACCGCAAACGUGUGCGGGCCCUGGAGGAGGAGCGUGAUGAGCUCCUAAGCAAGCUGAGCCAGGCAGAAGGGCUGAAAAGCACACUGGAGGCACAGCUGCAGCGGUGCCAAGGCGGCCRCAGCCUCAGCAAGAUGUGCAGCUCUUCCUACUCCCUCUGCUCCAACCUCAGUAGCACCUGGAGCCUCGUAGACAACCCUACAACUGGACUCAUGGAUACUCUGGGGACUUCUGUUACCCCAUUCCCAGGGGAUUCAGCCAUUCAGAGCAUGGACGUGACUCCCGACAGUGAGAAGGAUAUCAACCGCCUUUCCACCUUCCCUUUUCCUCCCUGCAUCGGCUCCAUCCUCCGUCGGCAGCGGGAGGAGAGGUGCAUGCCCUACAAAAGCUUGUCCUGUGGCUCCUUUAGCAGCAUUGAAGAUGCAUCAGGCAGCGGUUUUGCCAGCACCUUGCUGGGGACCUUCUCUUCUUCCAGCAGCACCUACACCAGGGUGAAGUCGGAGAUCUGCUUGUCCACUCUUUCCAGAUGCAAGGAGGUCACCAGGAGGUCACUGGUGGUACAGCUCACUAGUGUGGGCCAUCCCAGCAUCCCCUCACCCCAGGAGAAGAGGCUCGGAGCAGACAUCUCCAUCCUUGGAGGGAACAGGACAGGAAUUUAUGUCCAGUGGGUCAAACCAGGCUCACGGGUUGAAAAAGCAGGACUCAGGGAAGGAUGCCGGCUCAUUGAGCUGAGGGUGCCAUCACUGAAGGAAGAGGUGCUUUCCCUGGAGAACUGCACACGGGAGGUUGCCUACCUGAGUCUGCUGCACUGGGAUGAGCCCUCUAGUCUCAUCUUCCAGCUAGACCUAGAAGGAUACCAGCCUCUGCGGGCAGCCCUGGAGGAAGGGAAGAAAUUUUCCGGAGACUCCUUCUACGUGCGCACCAACCUAUCCCUGCUGGAGCCGUCAGACCCUUACGCGCUGUGCGUGAAGUGCCAGGAGAUCCUGCAYGUCACGGACACCAUGCACAAGGGCCGGCUGGAGUGGUACUGCUCUCGUGUCGAUCCCUUGACCGCGCGGGACCUGGACAAGGGCACCGUGCCCAACUACAGCAGGGCUCAUCAGCUUUUGAAGAUCCAGGAGAAGCACCAGAUGCCUGGGCAGCAGAGRGGCCACAGAAACAAUCUAAAGAAAUGGGCCUUGGGCCAGCUGCGCUUGGUGAAACCCAAACCACAGAGGAGCCCGGAACAGCCCCCUCAGCAGCUGUGGUUAGACCCCUGCUCAGGCCCAGACACGAGCCUGAAACCAUACAGCCUGGUGCGCCCUGUGCUGGUCAAGACACCCCGUCCAGUGGUGCUGUCCCCGAGCUGCAUUGCACCGCGGCUCAUCAGGAACCUGCUGGACUUGCCCACCUCUCGCCUGGACUUCCAGGUGUGCCCAGCAGAGAAGCUGGCAGGAGGGGAUCCCAGCRCAACCCACGCUCAGGAGCACCCUGUGUCUAGAGCUGCCCCCCAGGACCAGAGGGAGAGCAGGAGAAUCUGCAUGAUUCGGGAAGUGAUGGAGAAGAAUAAACACUGCCUGCUAGAGCUGGGAGUUGAGGCUGUGAGGGAUCUAAUUAAAAGUGAAAUAUACCCCAUCRUUAUCCAUGUUGAAGUCACUGAGAAGAACGUUAGAGGACUCAGGAGCUUGCUGGGGAAGGCAGGCCAGCGGGACUUGGAGGUGCUGAAGACAUGUCGUGCUGUGGAGCAGGCUCUCCACACCCUGCCGUGCUCCUGGGCCCGUGUGGAGCCCCACGCCUGGAGCCACGCUGAGGAGCUGCCCAAGGUGGUUCGUGGAUGCAUCUUCCAGGAGCAAACCCRCCCACUGUGGGUCGAGGAGGGCGAUGACUGAACUGGGGGUAGCAGAGCGGCUACUGUCACCUACUGUCCCCGAGAGCUGCUCUCAGAGGUCCCUGCCUUCCCAGGUCCCUCCAGGUAGCAUGUUCUUCCUCCCUGAGGGGAUGCUGGCAGCAGAGGCCYCCCAGGGUAGCCUUUCUCAUCCCCUUGAGGGCCACCAAGAGCCAGGAAGUAACACAUAGUGCCUCCUCUGUCUGAGCUUUCUGCAUUUCACUGGGAAGAUAUCUUCUGCCAUGGGGGUUGAAACCACCCUUGUGGGCUGUUCCCUGUCACCUUGGGCUGCCCUUGCACGUGGUCAGACUGACAGAUAGGGAACGUAGGGGAACUGUGUGGGAUCAGGCUGCGUAGGAGCAUUUCUCACACACAUUUGAAGCUCUUCUCCCAUCACCACCAUCUCCCCUGCCUGGUGGCACCGUGUGCUCCRGGUCCCCUCUUCCCAUCUACCUCGCCUCCAGCCCCAAGGCACAGGGAGCGUGGCUCGUGUGCCUGUGACCUGCUGCGGCCAGAGUGACACUAAGGUUGCAACAAACCCUCGUUUUAUAGGAGCUGUACUCUUUAUUGCUUGUAAAUUAUUAAUGGAGCCUUUUAUUGGCAAACUGCCUGUAAAGGAGAAUUAAAUACCAUUCAUAAUGGGAACAGGCGGCAGGCUAUGGGCUUGUGUGUUAUUGGAAAGGCACGCGUGAUGCACGACGGGUUAUUUUUCUCCUCUAGAUUCAACUGUCCAGCCCUCCAGGGGAAGGAGAGAGCACUGCCUUUGCUGUUGUAGGGCAGCAAGAAGUGUGGGGAGAGGACAGGUUAAGUGUUCCCUCCCUUUUCUACUUGGUCCCUGAUUUUCAGUCCUUUGCCUCUCCCCAGCACUGGUGUUGGUCAGGGUGCUUUAGGAAAGUCAGGGAAAGACUCRCUUGAGUUUUGAAUUGUGUCUGGCAGGGAUCCCUAGAGCUUUGCAUCCCUCCGUGCCCUGGUUAGUGUGAAGUGACAAGCCAGCUAUCUCACCCUCCUGGGGACAGCGAGGAGACUGAGCCCAGCCAUGGUGCUAGGAGAAAGGGGGACAGUGCCCCUGCAAAGGGGGAUUCUUGACAUGGGGCCAACAGGGGUUCAGACUCUUAACAGAUGGAGAAUGGAGGCUUUGGGUAGCCACAGCAGUGCUCACCUAGGCUGCAUAGUCCUGAAUGCUGUUACACAGCCACCGUUACCAGAGCUGCCAUGGAAAGGGGGUGCUGGGAUACUGUACAAAGUGGUGGUCGUCAUGGUAGGUGUUCUUUCUUGAGGCAUGCCAGGGGAAAAUGAAGUCUGUGGCUCUGGGAGGCUUUUUAGGGCACAAGGUCAGGCAGAGUCCACUGAUUCUGGGGUCAGUGGGAGAAGAUGGGCAACCAGCACCAGAGGCAGGUCCUCUCUGUGUCCUCCUUGCCCCUCUGAUUUGGCACUGCUGGUGCCAUGCACUUGGGAAGCUCUGAGCAAAGAUAAACUUGCUGAUUUUCACGAGUCCCCUGUGAGGUGUUAUUUCAGGCUCUAAACCAGUUGCCUGUGUCUUUUAUGAGGACAAGAUUGAAGCGGGGGGGAGGAAAGAAAAUGAAGAUUUUAACUUGCAGUCACUAAAAUGUAGAGCAAAGUCCUCGCUCUGCCCUGGAGCCAUGCAACUCUUCUCUCAGGGAAGGGAGCUCUGGCAUGCACAGGGCUCCAGAUGAAAACUCCCAAGUGAUAUCCACUCCAGGGGAUGCAGCCUGAGCAUCCCGGCACAGCCAGUCCCCUGGGAGGGUGCUUGCCCUGCAGGCAAACAAAGUGGGAUUCUUGUUGAGCUGAUGAGAAGACAAAUCCCAAAACAAGCUCCCAUUCACCCUAUCAUAGAUUUGGAGAUUGGAAUUUGCAUCUUUGCGGGGGGGAAAAAAGUAGUGCUUGAGUAUUCAGGGAAAACACUGGGUGUGAGGCACUGUGACUCAGGGCUUGAAACUUCCUGGUGUUUCUGCUGGCACUGGGAACCAGUCCCAGCCCCGUGGCCUAGGCUGAAGGUGGUUUACAGCAGCCCCUCCACUCUGGGGAGUCAGGCUGUGCUCCCAGCUUAGCACUUGCUGCCCCCCACCAAAGAAUCCCAUCCCCAGCACUGCCCUGGGCCAUCAGUGCUCUCAGCCAGAAGGAAAGGGAGGCAAAGGAAGGUUGCUGGAGGCAGGUUGGCACUGCCCAGCUGGCCAAGCAGUGGCAGCGCUGCCUCCCCUGCUCCCAGGCUUCUUCCAGGCUCUCUCUUUAUCCAGCUCCUCUCCCCCAAGGCUUUCAAAAUCCAGCCUUAAUUUGUUCUGGACACGGGUGAGAAGUGGGGCAGAGGGCUUCAAGGCAAACAUAAAUGACCCUGUCUGCCCUGCACACCUUGGCCCACUUCUUUUUACCUCCUGGGGGGAUGGCUGCCCGCUUGGAGGAAUGAGUCACGGGUUAGGUAACAGUCAAAUACAAUUACAACCCCUGGGCACCAAUUACCAGCUGUAACAGCCUUGUGCAAACCCCUGUAAAGAGUCACCCAGAGCAAGAUUUCUCUCUCUAGGGAAGGGAUUGUCAAGGUGGCACAUGUGUCACCCUGGGAAGUCACCAGCCCUGCCCACAGUGGUCUCCUGCCCCAGCAAAGUUUCCUGGCACCAUGCUCUGUAUGAGCUAGCUUUGAAUAGUAUUUGUAAUGUCUGUUGGGGCCGUCACUAAGGAUCCUGUGCCCGUGUCCCACCUGUACCUCCCCAAUGAUCUCCUAAGCCAGAGCUGGGAGGUGCAGGAUGCCUUGAAGCCAUAGAGGCUUCCUUUACAGGUGCCUGAGGCUGCUGGCAUGUGGCAGGAGCACUYGGGGAGGUUAAUUUCUGGUUCAGGAGCAGUGGCCAGCCAUGUGAGCAAUCCCAGUACUAAGCAGAGAGGCAGUGGAUCAGUCACACCAGGUUCACAUCCCUGCAGUAAUGUAAAGCCUGAAGGUGAAUGACUCCCCCCGUGCCCCAAAUCAGAGUAAGAAAACAUCAGUAUUCAAAGGGAUCUAAAAAUAAAACUGGCAGGGACCCUCCAAAGGGACAUGGAAGAUGCUCUGGAGACGUUCUUGCUUCAGGGGAAGGCAGGAGACUUGGAGAAAUACAGGGGAGGAGGGAAGAGAAGUGAUUCGGUGAUGUCUUCCUUAAAAAAGAAAAAAAGUUGUAGCCAGGGACAGGGGUGGAGUGAAAGUGUGUCUGAGACUUGGAGAAACUAAGCACACGGUUUUAGCCCUGCAGGCAGGUCCUCCCUGUGUGCCUGGAAGGUGUCUAUGGCUGGACACACGGCGGGAGUGUGGAACAGAGGGUUUCCGAUUGCUGCCCUGCCCCUCUUUCUAAGGUCCCAUGAUCUGACAUUUGCAUGGUGUGGAGGUGCCCUUUUCCACAGGGAACUAUUCCACACCCCCACCAUUUCUCCUGGGCCCCAGCUUAUUACUUUUUAUUUUUAUUUUUUUUGGUGUGCUGAGAUUGGAAGCCCACAGCUUGUAGCUCCCUGAGGAGGCGCUCUGAUUUUGGCAGCUUAUGUAGAGCACUGCCAUCCUGCUGUCCCCACGCUUGCUGCACAGGGAAGCUGCGGUGGGUGUAGGGAUAUCAUCCCCCUCCUGGACUGGUUGUCUCUCUGUAUCCUUCUGGAUACUCUGUAAAGGGGUGUGAAGUGGGGGACUGCAUGGUCACUUACCCCAUACCUAACAGAACCACCAAAAGCAUGCAGCCAUCUGUGGUGCUGACUGCAAAAUUUCCCUUCCAUCAUGGUCUUUGUCUUGGAAGGGGCUCUCAUACCUUUUGAGGGUCUCUGAUAUCCCUAUCCCUUGUUGGCAACCAGAGGGCUGGGAGUGAAAGUGGCACGGGGAGAUUGGUGGGGAAGUGAGAUAGGUUGGGAAGGACGUGGAGGUGGCACUUUGCUGUUGUGCCUGCASGUCUCUGAGGUUUUCCAAAGAGAGAGGACAUCCCCGCUUCCUUGCCCAGGCAAGGGGAAAAGGAAUCUUCAUCUUGGACAGCACAAGAGCCACAAGAGACAAGCUGCUGAGCUCAGCCCUGCUGCAGGGGGCAAGGACCUGGGUGGGAUAUAAACUCAGUGUGGCACUGCACCCCACCCCUGGAAGUGUUUGAGGUCAGGCUGGAUGGGGCUCUGAGCAACCUGGUCGAGUGGAAGGUGUCCCUGCCCACAGCACAGGGCUUGRAACUGGGCAAAGGGAUCUUUAAGAUCCCUUCCAGCCUGAGUCAUUCUCUGAUUCUACAACUGAAAGGGUGGCAGCAGGCCUUCCUCAUGCUUUUGGUUGCUGAUGUACCUGUUCCUGUGAGUGUCACUGGUUCUGCAGCCACGUGGGCACCAGAAUGUCCUUGGGCAUCCUGGUGGGGGUGUGAGAUGGGGCAGAAGGAGGGGGUUGCGGGGCUGGAGGGAGUGGAAAAGGGAUCUUCAGGAGCAGUCAUAUUUUAYAGAGAUGGGUAUCAGAAGUGGGGGUCACACCCCAGCUUGAGACCCUGGAGUGUGGCGGCAGGAGGGACAACAGGGAGCACACAUCUUGCUUCAGGGAGUCAGGCUGGGACUAAAAACCAGAGGCAGCAGUUCAGGCCUGUGUCCACAGGAAAAUUUUGGGGCUGAGGAAUUCCUGGAGAAAAAUCGUUCCUCCUAAGGGCAAUAUAGGACCCCACACCUUAACUUCACCGGAGCUCACAGCAGUGUCACCGUGUCCCCUCCUCCCUCGAGAGCACCCUGGGGAUGAGCAGGGCUGCAGAGAUCGGACUGGACUGUCACAGAGGAGCGGGGAAAACAGUCAAGAAACAGGUCUGUCCCCCCAGACCUGCCGUUUGCCACCUCGGAAGUGUCGCAGGCCGCGGAUGCCCUGGUCCGGCAAACCCACCGUCAGACGUACACCUCCGCCCUUCUCCAUCCUUCCCCCCUCCACCCUCUUCCUCCCCCGGGCUGGCGCCCCGCCCCGUGCCCGGAGGCGGGACCGGGGCUGGCAGGGAGCAGGAGCAGCGGGACGGAGCAGGUGGGGAGGCAGUCCCGCCGCAGACUGUCCCUGUCCCUGUCCC